GCCAGAGUCUGACUCGAAGUAGUACUGAAAAUAUUGUAGUGGGGGGGGACACGGUUGACGAAAAGGGAAUCAGUCCUUUAGUACGUAUGGUAGGGAUGUGGAUAGGUGGAAAGAAGACUCGAAUUGAACUAGAUUUUUGUGAGUACCAGGAAAAGGUCUUAAAUGGCCUACUAGUAGUAGUGGUGGUGCCGAAGCCCUUCAGCGAGAUCGCCCUUCUAUAGUUCCACAGGAGUCCAGGCCCGCACUGACUACAUUUGUAACAAGAAAUUAUAACAAAAAGAAAUAUUUCCUCCUUCGAAUCUUCAUCUCGUGUCCAAUAUUUCAAUCUUCUUCGCAUCAAAAAUGCCAACAUACAACUCAAAUGUCGAUUCACCACGCGUCUUAGCUACCAUUGGUGAGCCGCAGAAAUCUUUGGACGCGAUUAUGCGCGAGAGUUCGUGCCUUCAAAAAGUCGGGAAUGUUGUUAGCUAUCGCCAGCGGCAACUUGUUGAAGAGAAGGCCACUAUCAUCCAGUCCAACACUUCGCGCAGGCAAUUUUCAUCGGCUGUGUGGCGCCUGCCAACAGAAAUACUCUCGGAAAUUUUCCUAUACUGUCUGCCCGAAGACCGGUAUUUGUCGCCCAUACCGCGGCUGGCUCCCAUACUGUUGACCACAAUAUGUCGACGAUGGAGGGAGGUUGCUGUGGGCUUUCCAAUGUUAUGGUGCAGGCUGCAGAUGCAAGCCGAGCACAAUGACUGGCAGCAGAGAGCUUUCUGCUACAGCCUAUGGCUCGAGCGAUCAGGAGGACAUCUGCUCUCGUUGAGACUCGAGUGUUACACUAACUGGAGCAAGCUACAAAGCCUGCUCCGGCCAUACAUUCAGCAAAUCUCUUUUCUCGAACUUGAAUUUUCUACUUGCAAUGGCCCCUUCAUGAUGGAAGACUUCCACGCACUCAAGGGGCUCACAAUACACCAAGACGCUAUUGAACGCUCUCUCUCGAAAUUGCCAGUGAAUUUGCGCACGCUGGACAUGACAGAUCUGUUGCUCAGCCGCAAGCAAUUAGAUUUCUUCACUGAUUGCGUGUGGGCUCAUCUCACGCAUAUCGAGGUUAACAUAACUGAACUAGACGCAUUCCCCCGCAUACUCCGUCUAUGUCCCGACCUCUCUUCUAUAAUGAUGAUGGGAAUAUUCGACCCGAUCCAAACUCCAGAAUCGAUCAUACACCCAAACCUUCAAUCAUUACAUAUAUUUGGGGAUGUAUUUUGGAGCUCAGGCGGGGAACUUGGCCUAUUCAAGGUUGUCACACUCCCUAACCUUCGCGUUAUCGAAGCUCGCCACAUGGGGUCAUGGCCACAUGAAGAAUUCAAGGCAUUUUUGACGCGGUCAAAAUGUCCCCUGGAGCGCCUGGCUUUCGGCAGUGGAGUGUCUUCAACAGAACAGCAACGAGAGGAAUACUUAACCCUUCUUCCUUCCCUCCAAUUGAUUGCAGAUACUGAUAGCAAUUUCGAUGUACACAAAUUCCUAGAAGAUCUAGCUACUCUAGACUAUGCUACUUACUAAACAGCCUCAGUUAGCGCUCGAGAGCUCAUGCCUUAUAUGGUAGGAUUUGUGCUGACAAAUAGAGCGGUAGUCCUUGAAAAACUUUGUACUUACCUACAUGUACCCAUGCGUCGGU